UUGCUGAAUUAUGUGCCCUCUGUCGCCCCCUAGUGGUGGAGGGAAACAAAAAGGAAGUUCACUAACGCGUCUCAGGUGACAGGAGCGGGUCCAUUCUACCGAGUCGAAAUAUUACGAGUCCUGUUCGAUCCAGAGACAGAUAGAAAUGUCACCGUUUGACUCGGAUAACCUCCGCUGAGCCGACCGCGAAGCGUCUCCGGACAUGAAGGAUUUGUUUUGGGCUCCAGUUUUCAUUUUAAAGGCGAAGUGAAUGAGGAGAAGUUGAACUCAGGCAUGGAAAGGCCACCUGUAGCCCCCAAGCCAAAGUUCAUUCCCAAGCAGAGGCCAGUCUUGUUUCCUCUAGUCCCCAGAAGAGAUGGCCUCUCGCCUCUGUCCCCUGGCCCUCCAAGAAAGGUUAGACCAGCGCUUCCCCCCAAGCCCUGCCUGGCUAAACUUCUCUCUCCUACAGAAUCCAAGCCCCCAAUUUGGAAGAGCGUGCAUCAAAAACCUGCUUUAGAAACCCAUCAAAGAGUCACUACUCUUAACUCUCACAAUGGAAUUUCACAUAGUAAGAAGCUGGACUGGGAUUAUGUUAUUCCCAUUUGCCUUUGCAACCAAAAAAACUGCGCAUGUGUCAAGAACAAGAAACUUGAGCAGGGCGGAAAAGACUUUGAAUCAUCACAGGUAGGCAAGACAGAAGAAAAUCAAAAGACUGUUCCUAUACCUCGUGGGUCUCAGGAUAACAACCGAGGGAAAACAAACUAUACCAAGUCCCAAGUGAUGAACAACUUAUCAAGCAAUGGUCACAUCAUUAAUCACGAUAAAGUCAACAGGACCCAAAACCACAACUCUGACUCUUACAGUCUCAGUACUGAAAAUGGUGUUGGGCCAUCUCCCAGAUCAUCAAGUGAAGUUAUAGAGACCAGUGCAAUACGUCCAGAUGUGCGUGGAACAAGACAACAGGCUUGUGGUCUUCGCAAAGAGCAAACCAGUGCGUUACAACCYAAACGUCCCCCACCAGUCCUUAGGAAGCCUCACCCCGUCCCUGUUCCACGGAAACCCAGGAGAGGUGUCCCUGCCCAUCAGGAAAAGGUGGAGAAGGACAGGGAUGAAACUGCUGUCCAGGAAAAGAGGGAAGCAAGUGUCAAAGAGGUAGAGGUAUCAACAGACGGAAAAGGAUGCUCAUCCUUAUCCGUCAGCGAACCCGGCAAUGAAAACAGGCCGCCAGUGUUUCUGUCUGCAAGGCGAGCCUGUCCACCUCCAGUCCCUCCUUCCAGGAAAAAGCCUUUGCUGUCUAACCAUUUGAACACACCUUCCCCUUCUGUGCAGACUCCGUCUAAUGACAUGCGCGUUGACGAUUCAAGUAGGGGCAGCGRCAUCCAUGAGAUGGAGUUAUGUGUUGAUGGUGAGGUUGACGAGAUGCAGAAGAAAGUUKUGGAUGAUCAGGAAGAAAGUAACCAUUUACCUUUUCACACAUUGCUUAAACAACCUGAACUCAAAGAUCUUCCAACCACCAUUUUGGCAGCAGAGGAUAAAAGGAUGGAAAACAAAAUGGCAAGGAAGCAUCGUAGAAACAACAGCUCAUUGGGACUGAUUCAGAAGAAGGAAAUAUUCGAGGGUAAAGGUGUGAAUAAGUUAGAAGACUUUGAGGCAAGGCAAGCCAGUACUGUACCAGAUGGAGUAUCGAAGGAAUUGAUGAGACGGGAACUGCCUUUAACUCCUGACGAGAAACCCAGCAAAAAUCAUGCAACGGCUGGAAACAAUAAGCCUUCUCGUAGCAGCACCGCCAAAAAGAAAGCCAAAUCCUUUUCUUCUGCUGACCGCAAUCGCUCUGAAGCACAGAGGGGAAAUUCCUUCAAGAAAAUGCUAGAACUGCAGCUCGUCAAGAAGACGUCACCAAAGACGCCGGCAAAACCAGACCGGACUAAUGAAUCCACGGCGAAUGAUUCCAUACCAGAACCUCACAGGGAUCGUUAUGUACAGCAGAACUUCCCAGUAUUUGUUGGCACUGAUAACAAUUUCCAUCACUCACAAACCGACGUUGAACAGAGUGUUGAUGGAGAUGAGCUUUACCCUGAACCCAAGGAGUCUCCCAUCUACGAGACCAUUCCUCUAUAUGACGAUGUUUCACAAUAUGAGAAUGUAAAUGUGGGACACGCUCGCUCUCCUCCAGGUUUCCAAACAGAAGGCUGGCCGAGAUCUCCUUAUGACGAUGAGGGGAUUUAUGAGACACAGGACCCAUAUUUCUCUCUUGGGAAAAACUCAGAACAGGAUCAGACACCAGCAGAAUACCACAGAAACUCUGCUGAUGAGGAGGCGGCGUUUAUUAGUGACACUUUCUCCGACGAUGACAUCGCAGUCAACACCUCCGAUGAGGAGGAUGAAGAUGAUAGCAGUGUCAAUUCAGGCAAAGACGACACUGAGCAUCCAUCRCAGAGUACGGUGCAGAGUGAACAGAAGAAAAGUAAGAUACAACACAUCGCUACUGAGAUCAUGACCUCCGAGAGUGUGUUUGUUGACGUCCUGAAGCUGCUCCAUGUUGACUUCCGUGAGGCCGUGCACAAGGCAUCUCAGAAUGGGAAGCCCGUGAUUGAGGAACGUCAUCUCAGUCAGAUCCUGUACUAUCUCCCUCAGCUCUAUGAACUCAACCAGGAUCUGCUUAAAGAGCUGGAGCAGAGAGUUGCCAACUGGGAUGAGAGCUCUCAGGUGGCUGAUAUCUUCCUGAAGAAAGGGCCCUAUCUAAAGAUGUACUCCACUUACAUCCGUGAGUUCGACAAGAAUGUGACCCUACUGGUAGAGCAGACUAAGAAGAACUCUGCUUUCGGCGCUGUAGUUAAAGAAUUUGAGGCGAGCCCUCGCUGUGCCAACCUGGCUGUGAAGCAUUACCUGCUGAAGCCAGUUCAGAGAAUCCCUCAGUACCAGCUGCUGCUCACAGACUACCUAAAAAAUCUCUCAGCAGACUCUGAGGACUACAAAGACACAGAAGCUGCCCUUGCUCUUGUGAAAGAGGUGGCCAAUCAUGCCAACGACAUCAUGAAACAUGGGGAUAACUUCCAGAAGCUGGUUCAGGUCCAGUGUCGUAUGAACGGCAACCAUGAGAUCGUCCAGCCGGGACGGAUCUUCAUCAAAGAAGGCGUCCUGAUGAAACUGUCCAGGAAGGUCAUGCAGCCCAGGAUGUUCUUCCUGCUUAGCGAUGUGUUGCUGUACACCACCCCUGUUCAGCAUGGCCAGUUCAAGCUUAAAAACAUGCUGUCUCUGGCUGGGAUGAAGGUUAGCAAACCCAGUCAAGAGGCCUAUCAGAAUGAGCUGAACAUAGAAAGUGUGGAGCGCUCCUUUAUUCUCUCCGCAAGUUCGGCCGCAGAGCGAGAUGAAUGGCUCAAGACUAUUUCCUCGGCCAUCAGUGAAUACACAAAGAAGAAAAUUAGCUUUAUAUCUUCUAACAAGCCAGCUGAGGAAUGUUUGGGCGAAUGCGUUGAUGGUCCACCUUUGGGAUCCACAGCCCCCAUUUGGAUCCCGGACACACGGGCCACCAUGUGCAUGAUCUGCACUUGUGACUUUACCCUGACGUGGAGGAGACACCACUGCCGCGCAUGUGGAAAGGUGGUUUGCCAGGCUUGUUCCUCCAAUAAACACUGUCUUGCAUAUCUAAAGAAGCAGUCAGCACGAGUGUGUGACCAGUGCUUCGACGUUCUUCAGCAUAAAAAUGAAAUUUUCUCAGCAGCAACAUUGCCGCCUGGAAGCAAGGCAACGGUUGCAUUUAACAGAAAACAUAAGAGGAUACCUGCAGCCCUGAAAGAGGUGUCCGCAAACACGGAUAAUUCCUCCAUGAGUGGCUAUCUGCAGAGGUCCAAGCACAAUAAGAAGCAGGGGAAGAGGUUGUGGUUUGUCAUUAAAGACAAAGUCCUGUACACGUACGCCGCUAGUGAGGAUGUGGCAGCCUUAGAGAGUCUGCCCCUGUUGGGCUUCGUGUUAAAAGUAGAUUCCUCUCAGAAGCAGCAGUUUAAGCUMUACCACAAAAACACACUUCACUACAUUUUCAGGGCAGACGAUGUGCAAACAGCCCAAAGAUGGAUCGACACGUUCAAAGAGGCAGUCGUGUUGUAACAUCUGUUGAAGAUCUCUGAGUGGAGGGGUUUGUAUUUUACCUCAGUGCUCCGUAGCUUUUACAAAGAAGAAGAAAGUCUUCUGGAGGCACCAUUUUAGUUGAAGCGACUCCCCCCCCUCUCCCUCCCACCAUUUUUAUCUUGUUCGGUUUUCUUUUACAUUUCUGUAAAUGUUAUUUUUAUAUAUGAGCAAAACUCCUUAUGGUAUUUCAUUGAGUACUAGGAGUAUUCAAUAGUGUCAGGCUCUUGUCUCGGACCACUUUAUGACUUGUUAAUGAUAGCUGCAAAUUUAUGAAAAAUAUUGGACCUAUGUUUUGUUGUAGCUUCAAAGGGUCCAAAAAAUUGUGCAACGGCUGUUUUUGUUCCCUGACAUCACACUGUUACUGUGUAAGAGGCUACACAUUUUCAACACCCACUGUAAAAAUGUAACAUUAUUUUACAUAUUUUGCACUUAAGUCACUUAAAACUACGCACAUAUGAAAUUUUGCAUGUAAACUGAGAAAGAAGCAAAUAAAAUCAAACGUCUGUGAA